UCUUUUCUUAUCCUCUUCACCCAACCUCUGAAGGUUAUCAAUAUCCAUGGCAGAAAGCUCUGCAUUUUCAUUGUUAGGUGUCAUGGACUGUCUCUGGUUUUACCAGUCUAUAUUCUCUGCAGAAUCCCCUUCAGUACUAUGUCCAAAACCCCUUGAAUCACUUCAAUAUUCUCCAGUACAGAACUUAAUUCCAGGAAACUAUUCAUCUUCAACAGUUGAUGAGAUAACUCCACAGUAUGCUGCUUUUGUCAAUCAGGAUGAAGAUGAAGAAGAAGAAUCUAGGCAGAAUGAAACCACAGAAAAGGAAAGGCUGACAAGAUUAGAUCUUGCAGCCUGCAAAAGCCGGUCUCAUUCAUUUUCACCCUCUCUUGAUAGAAUCUGCAAGAGCUUAGGGGAGCUCGAGCUCGAAGAAGUAAAGGGGUUCAUGGAUUUAGGUUUCAUAUUCGACAAAGAACAGACAAGCAAGAAGAUGAUGAGCGUCCUUCCCGGCCUGCAAAGACUUCAACUGAUCAACGAAAUUAAAGACAAAGACGACAUGGAAAGUGGCAGAGUGAGGCCUUACCUAUCAGAGGCAUGGCUAAUAAAGAGUCCCAAUUCACCAUUGCUAAACCUAAGGAUGCCAAGGGCCUCUGCAGCUGUUGAUAUGAAGAGGCAUCUUAAACAUUGGGCCAAAACAGUUGCAACUGUCAUCCAUCAAGAAUCUUGACAGUGCCAGGAGAAAUCCUAUGGUAUUUUCAUCUGAGACCAUAAAUAGCAGCAAAAUAAUGCACCGUGUCACUGCUGACAUAGCAGUGUACCACAUACCCUGCCUAGCAUAAGUUUUUGUUCUCCCAGAUUAUAUCAACCUCUCUUAGCAGUGAGCAUACUCUAAAGCACAUAGGUCAACUUCUCCACAUCUCCACCCACAACUGCAAAUACUGAGUUUAUAGUUUGGUUUUGUGUAAAAUAAAGAAAAUUUCCCUGGUACGUUUUGUUAUUUAGUUUUACCCGGUUUUGCACUUGUUGCUUCGGAUGCCACUUGUAUAUGUGGGCGUCUAAAAAUUGAUGAUUAAAAUGUAUUGUUGAUAAAAAUAAAUAAAGAAUAAAUUUCAUUUUUUGUCCUA